CGCGCGGGGCCGGGCCGGGCCGGGCUGCGGGGGCGCUGCCGAGCCGCGCCGGGCGGGGCCGAGGUGUGCAGGGCCGUGCACGGCUGUGCCGUGCCGUGCCGAGCCGGGCCCGCCAUGGCCAUCGCGCACAUCGCCACCGAGUACGUCUUCUCCGACUUCUUGCUGAAGGAGCCGCCCGAGACGCGCUACAAGGGGCUGCGGCUGGAGCUGGCGCUGGACAAGAUCGUCACCUGCAUCGCCGUGGGGCUGCCGCUGCUCCUCAUCUCCCUCGCCUUCGCCCAGGAGGUUUCCAUCGGUGCUCAGAUAAGCUGUUUUGCACCCAGCUCCUUCACCUGGCGACAAGCUGCUUACGUGGACUCCUACUGCUGGGCAGCUGUGCAACAGAGGCAACCAUCCCAGAACAACUUAGAAAACAUUCCCCUGUGGCUGCAUAAAUUCUUUCCAUACAUCCUUCUGCUCGUUGCUAUCCUGCUGUAUCUACCAUGUUUGUUCUGGCGCUUCACCGCAGCACCUCACCUUUCUUCAGACCUGAAAUUUAUUAUGGAAGAACUUGACAAAGCCUAUAACAGGGCAAUCAAAGCUGCUAAUAGCAUUCGCGGUGGGGACCCCAGGGACCCUACCGACUUGGUUCCAGCUGUUAAUGAGAACUUGACACAGAGUUUGUGGGAAAUAUCUGAAAGCCACUUUAAAUACCCAAUUGUGGAGCAGUACCUGAAGACAAAGAAGAAUUCCAAAUGCUUAAUAAUUAAAUACAUUAUCUGCCGUGUACUCACGCUAGUAAUUAUUUUCAUUGCAUGCCUCUACCUGAGCUACUACAUUAGCCUCUCCUCUUUGAGUGAUGAGUUUCUCUGCACUAUCAAAACCGGGAUCUUAAAAAAUGACACAACUGUUCCAGAAGUGGUUCAAUGCAAGCUUAUUGCUGUUGGUGUCUUCAAGGUACUCAGCUAUAUUAACCUGAUAGUCUAUCUACUAGUGAUGCCACUGGUAGUGUAUGCAAUGUUUGUUCCAUGGAGGUGGAAUCUGAGUAUUCUCAAAGUGUAUGAAAUCCUGCCAACUUUCGAUGUUCUGAAACUGAAGUCAAAGUGUUUUGAUGACUUAAGCCUUUACCUCCUCUUUCUUGAGGAAAAUGUGAGUGAACUUAAAUCAUUUAAAUGCCUCAAAGUGCUGGAGAACAUUGCAGUUUCUGAAAAGUUUGAUGUCAUGCAACUUUUGGUAAACCUUGGUACUAUUAAGACAGAUACCAUAGAUGGGAAGCCAGGAACAGCUGUGUUGGAGAAGCCUGAAGAAACAACUGCAGAAGAGCUGGAAAGAAAUGCAACAGAGCUACAAGUUUUGACAGACCAUGAUGCAGGUGGCAGCGUGAGUCUGAGAGAAGAUAAAAAACUUCGCCAGAGACUUACAGAUUCUUCAUGCUGAUGCGUCCCCACCGCAGCAGGCAGGAGCUUCGUACUGCAGGAGUGCUUCUCCUCCACCUUUGCUGCGCUCAACACAAGGUGCUGCUCUGAAUGCAACUGUCUUAAUUCCUCAGAGGCCAAACUGGUUUACAGACUACUUGUGUAUAAUAAUCAGCAAUCAUGUACCUGAAAAAGCGUGUGGUAGACUUUCAUUAUUUAUUAAAACAAAAACUCACACAAGGAACAACAAGAACAAAAGAUUUCUACCAUGAGUAUAAAGUGACAUACAUUGAAUGCAAUUGAAGCUGCCAGCAGCAAAGAGCUAGUGCUCUGCGGUACAGGGAUGGGAAACACAACCCUGUAGGUAACAAGAAGAGAUGGCCACGUUGCAUUCUGAAGUGUUGCUCUGCUGAGAGUGGUCCUCUCAGUUCUGGGGUUUAAGUGAGGCCCUGGAAAAGGUGGGGGUUUUUUGUUUUUUUGGGGUUUUUUGUUUGGUUGGUUGGUUUUUUAUGAGUCUGGUUAAUCUGUACCAGGUGGUGGCUGGCCACUGACAUUGACUGUGUCUUCACAGGAAAAACAGAGAUUGCUCUGUUCAGCCUGAGAUGUCUUGGUUAGCCAUCUCAGCAUUGAUGUCUGAGAUUAAUUACUUGGCACUGAUAGAAACGAAACUACAAACAGGCUUACUAUAAGGGGGUACUAUAAAUGUUAGGGAUUUAGAUUUUUCCAUGCAUUCAUAAAUUAAUAAUGUCUUAACAGAUAUUUUUUUCUACAAAAUGUAAUGAUAUGUAAGUUAAAUGUUAGUUUAAUUUCUAUUUCUCAGUUAUUUUGGUUUAGUGACUAACAAACCCACCUUGGAGUUUGGAUUGAAAAUCAGUGAAUUUUGUAAUGGUUUGUACAAGUUGUUUUGUAAUGUUUGUAUGUGGAAUUUGUUUCAAUGUGUUUGUAGUAUCAAUCACAAUAUUAGUUGUGCUGUUUUCCAAAUUCCACUUGAGAAGACAGUCUUAUUUGUAUUACAGUAGCACCUGAGUGCCUCAGCAGAGCUAAGCACCAGAUAGCCGAAGUGAGGUAGAUGUAAAUACAAGGGAGGUUUGUUCUACACACACACACUGUGACUUAAUUUUAAUUCAAGGUAAGAUGCUGAACAGACAAAAGAAGGGGGAGCAUUUUUAAAUUGGAAAACUGUCCUGGUUUGUUAUUCGACUGUUUUGGCAAAGUAGCAUUCAGCUUUGAUGUGAUUCCCCCUACCCAGGACCUCUACCUUCAAUGAACAUUAAAAUGUCCUUUGUCUUGAAUUUUAGAUACAAGGUGAGGUGGGGGGGGGGGGGGGGGGGUUUAGCACCACAAUAGCAGCGUGUCUCUUUCACAAAUGUUACAUGCUCACUUGUUUUUCUGUACUGUCCAUGUAAUUGAAAUGUUUUGCCUGUCACCUCUUCCAAGUUGUCUUUAUAGACAAAGUAGGACCUCUUUUAUAGCUAGGUAGGACUUCCAUUUUCUGGCUCAUGGAAAAACAGAACAACAUGCUGUUGUGUUCUCAACUGUUAGCCUUCUCCAUGUGGCUGAGGAUGAGGGGGAAAAGAAGUAAUUGGUGUUACCAUCUCUGCACAGAACUGUUUAUGUGCUGCAUUCAGAGAGGUAGUGCACUUACUUGAAUUUGGCAGCUGUUGUUAAACAAGUGGCUCCCAAAGUGCUGCCAUGCUAUACCUUGGGCUAGUAUUACAAGAACUCUUCAGUUAUUACAUGGCUUUCAGCUAAGAAAAACCUUAUUUCAAAGAAAGUUUUAAAAGCCAUAGUAUUAUGCUACCUCAGCGUAGGACAGUAGCACAGCUGCAGUCCUAAUGGCUGUUGCAUUACCAGUCAGAAACAGCUUGUGUUGGAUACUGGUGGUCCAGUGCUGCCGUAUUUCUCCCAGCAAACCUACAGCCCCUCUGACCUUUCCUACAUUGCUCUGUCUGUGCUGAUGCGUUGCUGAUGGUUCUUUAUACGUGGUUAAUGCAGAUGCACUUUGUGCAUUGUGUGUUUUGAACAAGGAGCUAUAGUGCAAUACUAAGGUUUUGUGAUGUGGAUGUGUUUGAGCUGUUUGAUUUAAGUAGAGUUCUGUCUUGAAAACUUGAAGCUCCUGAAAGCAACAUAUUCGUGUUUCCUGUUGGCUAUGAACCUAACUUUUUACUAAUUCCCCUUUCGUAUUUAAAAAUAUGACUUGCUGCAGUGAAUCUCUCAUUGUCAUCUAAUGUGCUCAAUAAAAUAUGUAUCAAUUCUUCUU